CGGCACCGCUAAACUUUGUCAGGCGGUGAUUGUAUUAAAACGUUGAGCCUGCUGGCACUGGCUUGAAAUUGAAGCUUGCUGAAACUUUUAAGUUUGAGGCGCCUUCCAGCUGCAAUACGGGCAAGCUGUGGCUUCCAUUCUGAUUGCGAUCUCUGCUAGAGAAAGGCAUGCUAUGCUCAUUCAGUACCAGCUUCUUGACGGAUCAAUGUUUUCUAGUACGUACGAGUCCACUGCGAAUGGAGGACACUUCGCUUUUCAUUCGAUUUUGUGAUAUCGUUGAGGCAGCCAGCAGGGUACUGGCCUGAUGUAGCUCACAUCACUAACCAGCAGUUCUGUUUUCUGAACGUGAACUUCAGAGUUUGAGAAAUGUCGAAGAUGGAAUCGAGCAUUCGGAAGAGGGUACACGUUCCUACUGAGCUCUUACACCCCGCUUCAGAAGGCAGUGGCAAUGUAGAGCCAGUUGCACAUGAUCCCCCCAAGCUCACGCAUUUUGUAGAGCAGGGUGCACGGAAAGUUGAGUUUCUCGUAAGAUGUGCUCUGGUGACUGUCAGAAAUACCGCAGAGUCUAGCCUUGGAACAGUGGCAGACAUAGUGACCUCCGUGUACGAGAAGUUCUUUGCUCCAGCUCCAAACGUGCACAGGAUUCAUAAAGCGGGCACCUCAGCCUGUCCCCCACUUCCAGUGAGCCAGCAACCAGAGAACUUUGUACCGGAGUUCCACCCUGACAAUCUUAGCCUCGACGACAGCCUACUUGCCACCUACGAGGUUGUUGCUUUCUCAGACUCGCACCCAAGUGAGAGCUUUCCGACACAACUUCCAUUCGACCUAAUUGGACGAAGCUGGACAAGCAUACAACAUCUGCUGGCGUACUUUAUGGGGGUGCCUAAAUUCUCACUACAACAAGGAUGAGAUCGCCGUAGUUUUGUGCAGAUACUGUACAUAUAGAAAGCUGAAAGGCAACAUAUCCUGCGUUUGAUCUCUAUCAAAUCUUUCAGGGGACAUACGAAAACGAUUGCCGAUUCGAGCGUUGGGACAUAUAUCGCUUGAAACAAGCGGUCGACUUAAAAGGAGGUGCUGCUCUGUGCAAUUAGAUUAGUAACCCAUAUGCUGCACACUAGCAGGAUUAAGCAGUUGCCCUGUGUACAUACUGUAAAAAUAUGCCAACGGACGUUCAUUUUUGGAACCUUUCACACAUACUUAUCCAUCCUAAGCUAUCUAGUAGUGGUUCCCUGUACGUUCUAAAUAGAAUUCGUUUUCGUUUUCCUACUAAGAGCAGUAUGACCGGGCUACACUACGCAUUGCCUG